AUGCAGCACACCCAGGCCACAGCUACUCUGGCUGCCGCCCCGUCUCCGGCAUCGGCGCCUUUGGCUCAGGGCGGUCUCAUGCAGGCCAUCCGCUUCUCGGCAUCGGCCAAGGCUGCUCUGGCUGCUGAUGGUCUGCUUCAUUCGCAAGGUCAAUUCGAUCUCAUCUUGCCUGCGUUGGAUCGUCUUGCUCUCCUCGCAGAGGAUGCUGUUCACCUCUGUCUCGCUGCUGUUCAUGCUGCUUCCGCUGAUGAGUCGGCUCAGGGCGCGCUCCUCUUUGCCCUUCACAUCGCCGAUGAGGUCAAGGCCGCCAGGGCUGCCGCAGGAGGUAGUGCCGGACAAGACUUGGGAUCGGGAAUGGGCAGACAUGCUGCACAAGCCGCUUACCUCGGUGCUAUGGCCCCGCAGAUCAGCCCGAUCACCUCCAAAUGGGCUCCGCAGCGCGAGGUCUACGCCCCUCCGCACGCGCCGCAUGCCGCAAAACCGCCGCGCGGUCGCACAGAGUCGGACGUCAUGAUUGACAAGCUUGCUGCUGCUCUACUGCGUUCUGCCGCAGAGGAGAAGGAGAAGGGCGCAGACGUGUCGGCUGACAUGUGGGACGCGCUCAAGGCCGCGUCGGAGCUCUCGUCCGUGCGGGCGGGUAAGAUCAGCCUUCCGCUCAUCGACUCUAGCUCGGACUCUUGCUCAGGCUCGGGCUCAGUUCCGGACUCACCGCACCGCCGUACUCGCAAGCGCGGUUCCCGUCGCAAGCAUCGGCGGAGAAAGCAUCGGAGCUCCCGGCGGCGCAAGGCCAAGCGCAAGAGCCGGUGCAGCCAGGGAUCGGACGACUACUCGUCGUCCGAGUCGUCGCCGCGGCGCGCACACACGGGACUGACCCGCGUGCGCGUCAUUGUCGGCGAUCGCACGUUCCUCAUCGCCGCACCAGAGCUCCCAUCCUGGUCUGUUCGCGACCUCUGCGAUGCCGCGACGCUCCGCGCUAACCGCAACGCAGCCCACGCCCCGGUUGUAGUUCGCGAGCUUGUCUUUCGCGGCGCGAUCUGUGGCGAGGACGACUGGCUUGCCGAUCUGGUAGGCGUCGACCUUGGCGCAGCAGGCACACCCACCUUUACCAUGUACGAUCCGGCCGAUGGCCGUUCACCACCGCCGCACGCAUACUCCCACCCGGCUAUUGCGCCGCGCUCGCCUUACGCCUCCUCGCCACCCAUCUCACCGGUAAGGCAGCCGCCGCCGCCGCGCCGGAUGGAGCAUGCCACGCCGCCGCCGACCCCGAUGAUUCCGGGCGUCAACCUCGACGAGCUCCAAGGUCUCGACGAGGCCACCAUCAAGGAGCGGCUCGCUGCCGCGCUCUCUGGCGUUCCGACCGACACCCUUGUCAAUCUCGCAGCUUCACUUCAGUAA